AAGGCAUCGAGUGCCGCUAUCGCCGUCCGAUCAGCAGCAGUGCGUGUUGCAAUUGCGAGCGGCAGCAACAUAUUGUAGUGCGAAUUUGAUUGAAUUGGACGUUUUAAUCGACGCAAGGACAACGAGAUGUCGAGCGGAGCAGAUGAGUGCAAACUCAAAGGUGGACAUCCCCCGGCAGUGAAAGCAGGCGGCAUGAGGAUAACGCAGCAUAAAACGCCUAAGGAUGAGCGUGAGACGAAGCCAAGCAAGGACGUUGAGGAGAGCAAACCAUCCAGCAGCCCGCCGAAGACUAUAAUGAUCAGUGGUGCCCCGGCCAAAGGAAACGCCGAUUUUCCGCCAGAAGCUGUGCAACACUUCCACGAGAAGCCCACGCCGACGCACGACGCACGACCGGCGCAUUGUUCGCGUCCCAUCAUCAUUCAACAGCCCAGAAAGUGAACCAAACUUCGUGUAUCAUGCACCGAGCUGGUAGACCUCGGUCUACAGAGUCAUCCGUUGAGUUUACAAGAAAAAAAGAUUAUAAUUAUAUAUAAAUAUAUAUAAGGGAAAUAAGGUAUAUAUACACAUAAGCGUACUUAAAAGAGUUUUUAUGGAGUCAAUCGAAGAGCUUAGACUAUGCGCAGUAACGCAUUUGUUUUGCUCAAUCCUUAAUUCUUUAACCGAUGAUCGAGAUCCUUUUUUUUUUAAAGAGAUACGUAAAAGUUUUUGUUCCGAUAAAAUUUGUUGAAUUUCAAGAAAGUUUGUGUAAAAACUUAAAACAAAUUUGCAAAAUUAGUGAAACGCUAACGAGCUAGAUCCGUUUCUGAAAAUGAGACGAGCAGGACUCGCACGAGUAUCGGUUAGAGGAUUAAGAAAGCUCGAUUUUGUAUGCUGAAGCCACCUCACAAGAGAUUACUAUAUUGUUGUUAAAAACGAAAAAAAAAAAAUUAUUUUUAACGCCAUGAGAUUCCUGUAUCGGCAUUUAACGGGCUUUCGCAAAUGCGUUUAACUCAUUAUCGCACAUUUUUAUAUUACUUUUAUAAUUUUUAUGUUCCUUUUACCACUAGACCAUCGUUUGCUAUGGUUAUAUUACAAUUAAGUGCGUUGCAUAAUAUGAUUAUGCAAAGUGAAGCGCUCUUUUCGGGACCAGUGCAUUCGUGAUAGUACUUUCGCAUUUAGUUGCAGUUUCAAUCUUUUGCGAUCCUUUUCAUUUUUCUUUUUAUAUCCGUUUGACAGUACGAUAGGAAUUUGACGUAUCAUUUUAAAUUUUGUGGAAUUGAGAUAUUUUGUUAACGUAAGUGUUAAGCGUGUAAAUGUCGAACGAGAAACGCUGUUGGCGAGUUUGUAUAACAUUUAAGAGGGAAUAAACAUUCAUAUAUGUAAAAAACUUA